AUGUCUGCUCAACCAUUUGAACCUGAGUUUCAACAAGCUUACAACGAAGUCGAGGCCUCUUUGAGAGACUCUUCUUUGUUCGAGAAGAAGCCUAAGUACAAGAAAGUUCUUCCAGUUGUCUCUGUUCCAGAGAGAAUCAUCCAAUUCAGAGUCACUUGGGAAAAUGACAAAGGCGAGCAAGAGGUUGCUCCCGGUUUCAGAGUUCAAUACAACUCUGCCAAGGGUCCCUACAAAGGAGGUUUGCGUUUUCAUCCGACCGUCAACCUAUCUAUCUUGAAGUUUUUGGGUUUCGAGCAAAUCUUCAAGAACGCUUUGACUGGCCAGUCACUCGGUGGUGGCAAAGGUGGUCUUUGUGUUGAUCUCAAGGGCAGAUCCAAUAAUGAGAUCAGAAGAAUUUGCUACGCUUUCAUGAGAGAGCUAAGCAGACACAUUGGUCAAGACACUGAUGUUCCAGCUGGUGACAUCGGUGUCGGUGGCCGUGAGGUUGGUUACUUGUUCGGUGCCUACAAGUCCUACAAGAACUCCUGGGAAGGUGUCUUGACCGGUAAGGGUCUAAACUGGGGUGGUUCUUUGAUCAGACCAGAGGCUACCGGCUACGGUUUGGUCUACUACGUUCAAGCCAUGAUUGACUACGCCUCGAAGGGUAAGGAAUCUUUCACUGGUAAGCGUGUUGCUAUUUCUGGUUCAGGUAACGUCGCUCAGUUCGCUGCUUUGAAGGUCAUCGAAUUGGGUGGUACUGUUGUCUCCCUAUCUGACUCUAAGGGUGCUAUUGUUUCUCAAGCUGGUAUCACAGCUGCUCAAGUCGGAGCUAUCUCUGAGGCCAAGAUCAACUUCAAGACUUUGGAGCAAAUUGUCGGCGACUUCGCUGCUUUCUCUGAUAACAAGGUCACUUACAUUCCAGGUGCCCGUCCAUGGAUUCACGUCGGAAAGGUCGACGUCGCUUUGCCAUGUGCCACUCAAAACGAAGUUUCCGGCGAGGAAGCCAAGACUUUGAUCGCCGCUGGUGUUAAAUUCGUUGCUGAAGGUUCCAACAUGGGCUGCACUGAAGAAGCUGUUCACAUUUUCGAAGGUGAACGUAUCGUUACUGAGACCGCUUCUCAACCAGCUGUGUGGUACGCUCCUGGUAAGGCCUCUAACAUGGGUGGUGUCGCUGUGUCUGGUUUGGAAAUGGCCCAAAACUCUCAAAGAUUGACUUGGUCUAGAGAGCAAGUUGACGCUGAAUUGAAGAAAAUCAUGGUCAACUGUUUCAACGACUGUUUGGAAACCGCUCUGGAGUACUCCAACGAGGCAAACAAGCAAUCUCUACCAUCUUUGGUCAAGGGCGCCAACUUGGUCGGUUUCAUUAGAGUUGCCGAUGCCAUGUUCGACCAAGGUGAUGUUUGGGAAUAA